AUGAGGAUAAAAACCACCUUCUUCUGCGUUUGCUCUUUCACCAUCCUCGUGCACACGUUGAGCAGCUCUGUGCUUCAAGUCACAGCGCUCGAUGUGGAAGGAUGUUUGACGUACAGAUGGCAACCACGAGAGAAACCUGGCUUUCACGUCUCAAACUCCUCGAUUCAACGAACGCCAAAGCCACCACUCGGGUGCGAAAAAUUACGAAAGUAUGUAGACGAAUUGGAAAUCGGAUACGUCGUCGUUGAUCCGCUGCACGAUCCGCACGAAUUUGCAUCUGAAUUAAAAGCAAUAGCUGGAGGAAACGACGAAAAAGCGAUGAAUAAAAAGGAAAUUGUCGUGAUUAUUGAAGACGAAGCGCCGGGAAAGCCCUCCGGCGGUGGGCUUUUACAUUCGCUCGGCGAAAAGGCGCAUGACGAGAAACGACACGCGGAGAUUUGGACAAACACCCUCAAAGGUGAUAAUCAUUAUCUCGUGUACAGUUCUUCUGUUUUGGGACGCGCGCGAAGCUGGAACAGAGGAGCUACCAUGGCGCACGCGGCAAAGUAUGUUGUUUUGGCUACUGGUCAUUCACUCCAUGCGGCGACACCAGAGUGGGUGGCCAAUGCCGUCGCCUUGAUGGAGGAGCGUAAAGGUAUGGUACUAGUAGGAGGGAGAGCGUAUGGAAAGUUAUUAGCGUCGUCUGCCAAGAAAUCAUCCAGCAGCAGCAGUUUGUUUGGUCGUAAACGUGCACUGCUCGGAGAGAUGGACGAGGAGGACGAGGAAGACGAGGAGGGAAGACAGGAUGAAGGAGUGUCUGGAAGAAGUGUCAGUAGCAGCAUGGAACGAUUCGGCGCCACGUUCACGCCUGGUUUAUCAUCGGAUGCACCGGUUGUCGUGCGAAGGCAAGCGUUUGUGAAUCUCGGACGAUUUGCCCGGACCAUAUGUCCGAAAAAAGGUGCGUGUCAAGGGAACGUCGUGGAGGAACUCGCCGCCAGAGCCUGGCUCGCCGGUUACGAAACUGCGCUGUUGCCCACAGACAAAGAUACGAAGGAAGAAGUAUCGUGCGAUGAGAGUUUAACCAACGACGUUUUAUCCUCAGAAGAUAUAGAGACAAUCUCGAGACGCGUCAAAGGUGCCUCGAGCGUUGACGGCAAUGAUUUACCCGUUGUUCCGUUCCAAAAUGGUGAAGAGGGAGAUGAAACGGCGACUUUAUGGUUCGAUUACGCACCCAUACAAGGUAAGUGCAGACCGUUAGCGGAACCGGAAGAUGAAUGGACGGUUGAAAAUUGCAAGGAGAUUGACGACGCGGACGCCGCACUGAUGAUACAAUACUACAAAAGGCCGAAAAAUAUUAAAGAAAUCAUCAAAGGCAUUCGAUUGGUUCCGGAAAAAGUCGAAGUGAUCGUCAUUAACGAUUCAGAGUCCGACCACUGGUUAUGGCGCAAGCAACUCGACAAACCUGGUGAUUUUCUGAUAUACAUGCACAAUAAUCACGAAAUUCGAGCGUAUAACCGUGCGUCGCUUUUUGCAAAUUCAAAUAUGCUCGUCACCUUACAAGAUGACGACGUCCCCACGGGUACGAAAUGGUUGACGCAAGCGUUGACACUUUUUGAAAGUCAUCCCAAACUCUCAUUUCUGAGCGGAUACCGAGCACGAGGAGGUUUCCCGGGUGGUAACUUUGGCGAAGGACGCGGUAAGAUUCCAACCACGGAUAAUAAAGCAAACGUGCCUUUCAUGUUUGCCUACAAAUUAGUCGCGGGGCCAUUGUUUUAUCGAAGAGACGUGUUUAUGCAAACCGGGAUGUUUAUGCUUUUAUUUUCAUGCGCUGGAGAUCCCGGUAUCCAUUUUGAGUACGAGUACUCGUUGCGCACGUGGUAUUACGAGUACCAAGCUGGUUUGUAUACUUGUAACUUCAAGCAUCACGUGGGCGAUUGGAAGAGUUCCGGGACGCGCGCGAGUAAAGAGAAAGAAGCGCGCAGACGAUUAGUAGGGGUGAGAAAUUCACAGAACGUGAGGUUCAUGUAUAAAGGUUUAGCUGGUGGGGGUAAAGAAGGCAAACUGCUCGUGAGAGCCGGGGCCAUUCAAAAGAUAUUUGCGAGUGGCAAGCCGACAAAUGUGGUUAUUUAG